UUAACACAUCACCAUAGCGGAAUUUGCCUUUAUCAUAGGGAAGGACUCACCCUCAUGUUCUUUGUUCAUGGUGCCGCGUGCCACCGAGUAAAAGGCGCGGUUGCAUGGCCACACCAUGUCACGAGGGGAACGGGGAAGGGUCAUCUUUGCGGAAUACCUUUCAAACCUAUCUUCGCCAGCGUUGAAGUGGGAAAGCAAGAGUUUUCCACUAUUCCCAAUCCCACUCAUUUUAUAAGUGAAACACCCCAGGGAGCCUCCCCCCACCUCUCUCUCUUCUUGUUGCGCACAAGACGCUGA